AUGGCAGCGUUGCUGUGGCUGCUGCUGUUUCUCCUGGCUUUUGUAAUAGCUCUUGCUAGCAGCACGAGACUGCGCAAGAAUGCUUUCAUCUGGUUCUCUUACGCGACUAUCACGGGCUGGUAUUAUUUCCGCGUGCUGCACAAGAAAUAUUCAAACGACAACAAGAAGAAGGACGUGGCGAUGCCCCCUCGCUCUAGCAGCAGCAGUAGCAGUAAGAACCGAGCGCCAUUCUCCACAAGAGCUGUCAAGGGGGUACCAGACCCUGGCCUGGUCUACUUUGAGCCUCGCGAGGUGGUCGAGCGGCGCCAGUUGGAGCAGCUGGAGCUCAGCGGCUCGAGCCAUUUGAGCGACUCGACCUCCAGUGGUGACUUUGAUGUGUCCGAUUCGACCCCCAGAAAACGCAAGAGAGGAAGACUGUUUCGCAGCCGACGGAAGGCUGCGGCUGAAGAGGCCAUGCGACGCGUGAGUGACACGAGCUCUGCAGAUUUGCUCACCAACUCGGGCGCGUCUGAUUCGAAUGUUUCCCCAUGA